GCGGGAGACCGCGUUGGGGGAGGGGCGCAGGCCUGGCCUCCUUGGCGGCUGCGGCAGCACCAGCGCCGGCCGCCGCCACCGCCGCCUCAGAAACGCGGAGGAGGAAAAAGCAGCUGGAGGAGGAGUAGGAGGGGGAGGUGGGCCCCGGGGAAUGGGAUGCCCUUCGCUCCGGCUCGGUGGUGAAUGCUGAGGAGAGUCGCGAUCGCCGCAGUCAGUGCCACCGGGAGGAAGUUGUGGUGUGCGGCCGGGCGGGAGCUCGCGGCGCUGUGGAGAACCGUAGCGCGGGGCCGGUGCGAAGACUCGGCGGAGGGCAGACCCUUUCCCGCGCCAACCAUGCCUGGGAGGAACAAGGCGAAGUCGACCUGCAGCUGCCCCGACCUGCAGCCCGGCGGCCAGGAUUCUGGCGAGAGCGGCCGGGUUGCCCGUCUAGGAGUAGAUGAAUCUGAGGAGCAGGGACGGAGGGGGCCUAUCAAUAAUGCCGGAGACCCUGAGAUCGUCAAGUCUCCUAGCGACCCCAAGCAAUACCGAUACAUCAAAUUACGAAAUGGCUUACAGGCACUUUUGAUUUCAGACCUAAGUAAUACGGAAGGUAAAACAGGAGAUGCAACAGAUGAUGAAGAUGAAGAUGAAGAGGAAGAUGAUGAUGAAGAUGAUGAUGAAGAAGAAGAUGAUGAUGACGAUGAUGAUGAUGAUGAUGAAGAUGAAGAUUCUGGAGCUGAAAUAGAAGACGAUGAUGAAGAGGGCUUUGAUGAUGAAAAUGAGUUUGAUAAUGUUGAUGAGCAUGAUAACAAUGACCUUGAUGCUGAAGUUAAUGAAAUGGAAGAAUUAGAAGAGAGGGCAGAAGCCAGAAAGAAAACUACUGAAAAACAGUCUGCGGCGGCUCUUUGUGUUGGAGUUGGGAGUUUUGCUGAUCCGGAUGACCUGCCUGGGCUGGCACACUUUUUGGAGCACAUGGUAUUCAUGGGUAGUUUGAAAUAUCCAGAUGAGAAUGGGUUUGAUGCUUUUCUGAAGAAACAUGGGGGUAGUGAUAAUGCUUCAACUGAUUGUGAACGGACAGUCUUUCAGUUUGAUGUCCAGAGGAAAUACUUCAAGGAAGCCCUGGAUAGGUGGGCUCAGUUCUUCAUCCAUCCACUGAUGAUCAGAGAUGCGAUUGACCGUGAAGUUGAAGCUGUUGAUAGUGAAUAUCAGCUUGCAAGACCUUCUGAUGCAAACAGAAAGGAAAUGUUGUUUGGAAGCCUUGCUAGACCUGGACAUCCUAUGGGGAAAUUUUUUUGGGGAAAUGCUGAGACUCUCAAACAUGAUCCAAAAAGGAAUAAUAUUGAUACAUAUACUAGACUGAGAGAAUUCUGGAUGCGUUACUACUCUUCUCAUUACAUGACAUUAGUGGUUCAAUCCAAAGAAACACUGGAUACUUUGGAAAAGUGGGUUACUGAAAUCUUCUCUGAGAUACCAAACAAUGGGUUACCCAAACCAAACUUUGGCCACUUAACGGAUCCAUUUGACACACCAGCAUUUAACAAACUUUAUAGAGUUGUUCCAAUUAGAAAAAUUCAUGCUCUGACCAUCACGUGGGCACUUCCCCCUCAACAGCAACAUUACAGGGUAAAGCCACUUCAUUAUAUUUCUUGGCUGGUUGGACAUGAAGGCAUUGGCAGCAUUCUUUCUUACCUUAGAAAAAAGUGCUGGGCUCUUGCACUCUUUGGUGGAAAUGGUGAGACAGGAUUUGAGCAAAAUUCUACUUACUCAGUGUUCAGCAUUUCUAUUACAUUGACUGAUGAGGGUUAUGAACAUUUCUAUGAGGUGGCUCAUACUGUUUUCCAGUAUUUAAAAAUGCUGCAGAAGCUAGGCCCAGAAAAAAGAAUUUUUGAAGAGAUUCAGAAAAUUGAGGACAAUGAGUUCCAUUACCAAGAACAGACAGAUCCUGUUGAGUAUGUGGAAAACAUGUGCGAAAACAUGCAGCUGUACCCUCUGCAGGACUUUCUCACUGGAGAUCAGCUUCUUUUUGAAUACAAGCCAGAAGUCAUUGCAGAAGCCCUUAAUCAGUUAGUUCCUCAUAAAGCAAAUCUCGUUCUCCUGUCUGGUGCUAAUGAGGGAAAAUGUGACCUCAAGGAGAAGUGGUUUGGAACUCAGUAUAGUAUGGAAGAUGUUGAAAACUCUUGGACUGAACUGUGGAAGAGUAAUUUUGAAUUAAAUCCAGAUCUUCAUCUUCCAGCUGAAAACAAGUACAUAGCCUCGGACUUCAUGUUGAAAGCCUUUGAUUCUCCUGAGACAGAAUACCCUGUUAAAAUUGUGAACACACCACAAGGUUGCCUGUGGUAUAAGAAAGACAACAAAUUCAAAAUCCCCAAAGCAUAUAUACGUUUCCAUCUGAUCUCACCUUUGAUUCAGAAAUCUGCAGCAAAUGUGGUCCUCUUUGAUAUCUUUGUUAAUAUCCUCACCCAUAACCUUGCGGAACCAGCUUAUGAAGCAGAUGUGGCACAGCUAGAGUAUAAGCUGGUAGCUGGAGAACAUGGUUUAAUUAUUCGAGUGAAAGGAUUCAACCACAAACUACCUCUACUGUUUCAGCUCAUUAUUGAUUACUUAGCGGAGUUUGAUUCCACAUCAGCUGUCUUUGCAAUGAUAACACAGCAGUUGAAGAAGACCUACUUUAACAUCCUCAUCAAGCCUGAGACUCUGGCCAAAGAUGUGCGGCUUUUAAUCCUGGAAUAUGCCCGUUGGUCUAUGAUUGACAAGUACCGGGCUUUGAUGGAUGGCCUGACCCUUGAAUCUCUGCUGAGCUUUGUCAAAGAGUUCAAAUCCCAGCUCUUUGUUGAAGGCCUGGUACAAGGAAAUGUCACAAGCACAGAUUCUAUGGAUUUCCUGAAAUAUGUUAUUGACAAGCUGAACUUCAGGCCUCUGGAGCAGGAGAUGUCUGUGCAGUUCCAGGUGGUAGAACUUCCCAGUGCCCACCACAUAUGCAAAGUGAGAGCUCUAAACAAGGGUGAUGCCAACUCUGAAGUCACCGUGUACUACCAGUCAGGUACCAGGAGUUUGAAAGAAUACACUCUGAUGGAGCUGCUUGUGAUGCACAUGGAAGAGCCUUGUUUUGACUUCCUUCGAACCAAGCAGACCCUUGGGUACCAUGUCUACCCUACCUGUAGGAACACAUCUGGGAUUCUAGGAUUCUCUGUCACUGUGGGGACUCAGGCAACUAAAUACAACUCUGAAGUUGUUGAUAAAAAGAUAGAAGAGUUUCUUUCUAGCUUUGAGGAAAAGAUUGAAAACCUCACUGAGGAUGCAUUCAACACCCAGGUCACAGCCCUGAUCAAGCUGAAGGAGUGCGAGGACACCCACCUUGGGGAGGAGGUGGACAGGAACUGGAACGAAGUGGUGACACAACAGUAUCUCUUUGACCGCCUUGUCCAUGAGAUUGAAGCACUGAAGUCCUUCUCAAAAUCAGACCUCGUCAAUUGGUUCAAGGCUCACAGAGGCCCAGGAAGCAAAAUGCUUAGUGUUCAUGUUGUUGGAUUUGGGAAGUAUGAGCUGGAAGAGGAUGGUACCCCUCAUGGUGAGGAUUCAAACUCUUCUUCUGAACCGAUGCAGCUAACCUACCUGCCAACCUCUCCUCUGCUGACAGAUUCUACCAUCCCCAUUACUGAUAUCAGGGCUUUCACAUCCACACUUAACCUUCUCCCCUACCAUAAAAUAGUCAAAUAAACUGCAGUCUCGUUGGCCUGAAUGAAACAUUGUGUAUUUAAAAUGUGUAUUUUAUGAAUUUACACUACUAUGGCCUUAGGGCUUCCAUUGAAUUUUUGCACUGGCGUCAUAAAAUUUGAUUUACUCCCCACCCCUUCUGUGGUGACUAACGAAAAAGGGUUAUGGUAGCAGCUGGCAGAGAAAUCAGCAGGGUGGCCAAAACGCUGAUAGGAGCAGUUUGAGAAGCCCUGGCACCUGGUUCUCUCAGACUGAGAAUCCAGUUCUGUAUGACAGCCCUGUGUAACCCAUGUCUUAUUAGUACCUAAAUGUUAGGUGCUAAUACUAAUACCUAAAUGAUGAUGUUGUUUUUAAUGUAUUUUUAAAUAAAGAUAGUUCUGUAUUACCCUUCAGAA